GAAGUUGAACUGCAGUGCAAGGGAAGUAAGUAUCCUGGGGUUGAAUCAGCACGGUCUCCGUUUAUCGGGCACUCGAAUUCUACGGUUUGAACACUGGCAAGACAUCCGUCGUAGUUCAUACUACCACCAGAUAACCGGCGUUGACAAAUCUGUUGGACGUCCAUUGACUUCGGCAUAGAUCUCGCCUUCCGUCCCCGCAGCCGUCAUUCAGCCUUUUAAAAGAGCCCACUUGCCCCUCGCCCCUCAUCCUAUCCUUUCGCUUUGUGCAUAUCAUAGACAAUCUCUAUAUUCAUGUCCUUCAUAUUCCGCAGACUGUUCUCAUCGACUUCAACCGCCGCCAUGUCUGAAUCCGCCCAGAUCAAGGCCCAGAAAAUGAUCGAUGACAAUGCUGUCAUGGUCUUCAGCAAGUCAUACUGCCCCUACUGUAACAACACGAAGCGCAUUCUCGAUGGGCUGAACGCCAAGUACACCGCGUAUGAACUCAACCAGGAGAGCGACGGAGACGACAUCCAGGCCGCGUUGCACAAAAUGACGGGCCAGCGCACCGUGCCCAACAUCUUCAUCGGCCGUGUGCAUAUUGGUGGUAACUCCGAUCUCGAGGCGGUCGUGCGCAACGGCAAGGAUGGCAAGAAGCUCGAGGACAUGCUAAAGGAAGCCGGCGCCCUCUAAAGAGUGGUGGAAUGGUGGAUCAAGUGCUGCUGCGUAUACGGAUGGUUUAGGAUUGGGAUACCCAACAUUGCAGAGGCGUGCUGUAGCAUCAUACCAGGUUCGCACGAACAUUAGAAAUGAGCCCGUUAGCCGCCCGAUGAGGUUGGGGUUUACAUGCUAUUCGUACACGUGAGAGAGUAGUCUCAGCUACGGCUUCGCGUUGAUAACAGGCACAACCUGCGACGCCACGGUGCCGACAGGCCGCUCCACAAACUCCAUGAUGCCCUCGACAAUAUUCUUCCGCGCCGGCUCGCUCGCCACCUUCUUCCCGGCCAGGUAAUUGAGCCAGAGUGCUCUUGACACGCGCUCGUCCUCAACGACGCCAAUCAACUGCCUCCCGGCCCGGCGAUCACCUCCGUACGUGAUGCUCAACCUCCCCGUUUCAUCUCUGACCAACAACAACUCCUUCCUCUUUGGCACGCUGCCGCGGUU